GAGCAAUCUGGGUGACAGCAACAUCAACAGGCGGUGGCCGUGACAAUUGACAAUAACAUCUCAAACUAACAGACAAUCAAAUUUCAACCGUUCAGCAUCCUCCAACCGGUUCACCGGAACCAUACAUAACUCUCUCUCUUUCUCUAGUCUCUUCUUUUAUCAUCAAAUGCAAAUUCAAAUUCAUUUCAUUCAUUUCGUUCAUUAUUAUUUUUUAAUUUCAAUUUCAACAACCGAUCAUGUUGGCGGUUACGCUAACAACCCCUUUUCUUCCCGCCAAACCCUUUCACUCCCGCCAAUUCCGUCUCUACAAACGCCGUAGACUCAAAAUCAAUUCAUCAUUACCACUUCCUUCACCGUCACCGUUUGAAAAUCUCUUCACCACGUUAAUUUCCCAAUGUUCUUCCGUUAAUUCUCUUAAUUUCAUCACUCCCGCUUUAGGUUUCACUUCCGGCGCCGCUCUUUUCUUCUCCCGAUUCAAUAAUCAACGAAAUUCUUCUUCCGAUGUUGGUGAGUGGAUCCUGUUCUCUUCUCCGACGCCGUUUAACCGUUUUGUACUUCUUCGGUGUCCUUCGAUUUCGUUUAAGGAGAGUCGUGAUGAAGUGAAUGAGAGGUUGGUGAAAGAGGAGAAGCAUUAUGGGAGGAUUAUUGCGAAAAAGAGAGAGAGGGAUUUGGAAUUGGAUUUGGAUGAAUUGAGUUAUCAGAGAGUGUGUUUGAGUGCGCCUGAUGGUGGUGUUGUUUCGUUGGAUUGGCCUGUUGAAUUGGAUUUGGUUGAGGAACGUGGUUUGGAUUCUACACUUUUGCUUGUUCCUGGUACUCCUCAAGGAAGCAUGGAUGAUAAUAUUAGGGUUUUUGUGAUUCAAGCUCUUAAGAGAGGGUUUUUCCCUAUUGUUAUGAAUCCUAGAGGAUGUGCUUCUUCACCUCUUACCACUCCUAGGUUAUUUACUGCUGCUGACAGCGAUGAUAUCUGCACAGCUAUAACUUAUAUCAUCAAAGCAAGGCCGUGGACUACCUUGAUGGCUGUUGGCUGGGGAUACGGUGCAAAUAUGCUUACAAAAUACCUAGCUGAAGUUGGGGAAAGAACACCACUGACAGCUGCUACAUGUAUAGACAAUCCUUUUGAUUUAGAUGAAGCAACAAGAGCUUUUCCUUAUCACCAUGUUACUGAUCAGAAACUCACUCGUGGACUUGUAGAUAUUCUACAAACCAAUAAGGCACUAUUCCAAGGAAAAAUAAAAGGUUUUAAUGUCGAAAAAGCUCUGCUGGCAAAAUCCGUACGUGAUUUUGAAGAAGCAAUAUCCAUGGUAUCGAAUGGCUUUGUGGAUAUAGAAGUUUUUUAUAAAAAAUCCAGCACAAGAAAUAUGAUCAAAGAUGUUAAAAUUCCUGUUAUGUUUAUACAGAGUGAUAAUGGGAUGGUUCCAGCAUUCUCAGUUCCGCGUAAUCAGAUUGCAGAAAAUCCAUUCACAAGCCUGCUCCUAUGUUCAUGCUUAUCAUCAAGUGCUAUGGAUACUAACACAUCUGCAUUAUCAUGGUGCCAGCUUGUAACAGUCGAGUGGCUCACAGCAGUGGAACUAGGACUCUUAAAGGGCCGUCAUCCUCUUUUGACAGAUAUUGAUUUUACAAUAAAUCCCUCUAAAGGAUUAACUGUUGUGGAGGAAGUAAGGACGGAGAAGAAUCCAAAAGUAGGAAAAUUAUUGGAACUUACUCGGUCAGAUGCAUAUAGUGGAUACUCUAUUGACCCUUCUAAAGAUUUGCUUGAAAAAAGUAAGGAUGAUGCUGGCCUCCACUUUAGGCCCCAACAAGAUCUACAACAGAACUUUGAGCAAGGAGAUGUGAGUUUACAGGUAAAAAAUGGUCCAGCACAGCAGACUAGCUCAACUGGCAGCGAUCAGAUUGGAGAAGAGAAUGCUGCAUCAGUGGAUGGUGAACAUGGUCAUGUUGUACAGACAGCCCAAGUAGUAACCAAUAUGCUUGAUGUUACCAUGCCUGGUACUCUAACAGAAGAACAGAAGAAAAAGGUAUUAGCUGCUGUGGGUCGGGGAGAGACACUCAUGAAUGCUUUGGAAGGUGCUGUUCCGGAAGAUGUUCGUGGAAAGUUAAAAGAUGCCGUUGCUGGAAUUUUGCAAGCACGAGGCUCUGAUUUGAAGUUUGAUAGAAUUCUUAGUACUCAGUCUCCUAAUUUGUCACCAGAGAAAAACAACCAAGAAAAAUUAACAGGAGCAUCGAGUGCAGAAGUUAGGGAAGAUGGGUCCUCUUCAAAUCAGAUGAAAAAUACUAGUAGUUCUAUAGAUGGCUCUGAUAACAUUCCAAGUGGCAUGGGUGAGCCUGUAGAAGGAACAGAAACAGAAGUUAUUGGUGUAGAGAAACAUUCUACAAAUUUAGGUCAAUCUCAAGAAUCAAACAAUGAAGUUGGUUCUAUUAGAAAGGAAACCGGCGAGUCUAGAGACAAUAAUGAUAAAAAUGAGGAUUUAAAAGGAAAAGUUGUUCCUGAUAUGGAUCAUAGCGAGAAGGGAUUGGAAACAGAUUCUAAAUCAUAUACCCCCAACCAUACUGAUGGGGCAGGUGGUUCUGAAGCAGAAGCUGUUACUGAACAGAAAAGCCAAAACAGUGGAAUAGCUCAAACAGACACAGAGGAAAAUGAUAUACCGAAGGUUGACGAGAAAAGUCAAGAUUUCUCUAGUGAUCAAAGUAAAAAAGCAUCAACUGAUGCAAAAGAAGAACCGUCUUCUCCUCCUAUGUCCUCCGAGAACCAGACAGUGGAAGGGGAAGUUAAUGGUAGCGAGAAUAAAGAUAUCAAGAAUGUGCAGCAAACUUCCCCACAAACCAACUCUUCCAAUUCAGGUUCUGCUGCCCCUGCCCUCAGCGUUUCUCAAGCGUUUGAAGCCUUGACAGGGAUGGAUGAUUCAACCCAAAUGGCUGUUAAUAGUGUGUUUGGUGUGAUAGAAAAUAUGCUGUCUCAGCUUGAGAAGAGCUCAGAUAAUGAAGCUGAAGUCAAGGAUGGAAAAGCUGUUGAACACAAGGUAGAAGAACAACAAAAAAGUAAUAGCCAAAACAAUGACUCUAACACGUCUGGAAAUCCUUCUCUAGAUGAUCACCAUGAUGACAUGUCCUUGAGGAAUGAUUCUUGUCAUGCAGAAGAACUAAAAAGCACCAGAACCAUUAAUGGGAGCGGUGUAUGUGAUUCUCAAAAUUGUCACUCUAAUGAUCUCCCUGUUAAGAAGCCAAGUAAUACAAAUAGUCAACUGAUUGACAAAAGAUAUCUCGUUGAUGAAUGGGAUGGACACAGACAUGUAAAUAGAAUGCCAGAGUUCAUAAUUGCAGGUUCAUAUGGACAUGGGAACUCUCUGUACAAAAAGUACCUCCGCAAACAGCUUGUUUCAGAUAUUCCUACCAAAUCACUUGAUUUAGACACAACAACCGCAUUAUUUCUUGAUUACUUCCCUGAAGGUCAAUGGAAACUCUCGCAAAACAUGGAAAUUUCUUCUGCUGAUGCUGAAAUUUAUAAAGAGGUUGGCAGCAAGAUGAAGGCCCACACAUCUGCAAAAUCUUUUGAUGAAAAAGAAUGCAUUGAACCACCAUAUGUGAUAUUAGAUACUGAAAAGCAGCAAGAACCGGUUAAAGAGCUCAUCACUAAAGACACUGAGAACAGAAUGAUUCAUACGGGUGAUGAAAGGUCAGAAAAGUCUAUCCAGUUUGUGAAAAACAGAGUACUAGAUUCUUUGAAGAUGGAAGUUGAUCGCAAGCUGAAUGUUGCGGAAAUGAUAGAAAUGAAACCAAAGCUUGCCGAAGAUCUGGAACAUGUGGCAAAUGCGGUUUCACUGGCUGUUGUAACUAGCAAGGAACAACUACUGUAUUCUGAAAGUCAAGAUCAUGAUGUUAAGGGUGCUGUAGGAAAAGUUGGCACUCUUGAUGGCGAACAUAUCAUUAGUGCAAUUUCAUCCUCUGUUCAGCAAACGAGCUGUCUAAGAAAAGUGAUUCCUGUUGGUGUCAUUGUUGGAUCCAUCUUAGCUGCCUUGAGGAAAUAUUUUAAUAUAGCUCCACAUCAAGAAAGUGACCAGGGAAGAUCUCGGGCCCUUGGUGAUGGGGGGAAACCUGGUGGAAAGAAUUAUGUCAUUGUUGAUGCAACAGAGGCAGAUCAAGUACUAGAUGAGAAAACUAGUUUGGACCAUUGCAUCAAGAGAGAGUGUGUAGAAAGUGAAUUGGAAGAUGCAAGCAAAAAUACUGUCAUGGUUGAUGCUGCUAUUGGGGCUUCUGCUCCACAUCAAGAAAAUGACCAGGGAAGAUCUCGGGCCCUUGGUGAUGGGGGGAAACCUGGUGGAAAGAAUUAUGUCAUUGUUGAUGCAACAGAGGCAGAUCAAGUACUAGAUGAGAAAACUAGUUUGGACCAUUCCAUCAAGAGAGAGUGUGUAGAAAGUGAAUUGGAAGAUGCAAGCAAAAAUACUGUCAUGGUUGGUGCUGUUACAGCUGCUAUUGGGGCUUCUGCUCUACUCAUGCAACAGAAGGAUUCACAAGGAGGAAAUGAAAAUCACCAAAAGAAGCCAGGAGAGCUUGAGGAGGAAGUCUCUGAUAACCAGAGUAACAUAAUCACAAGCCUUGCUGAGAAAGCCAUGUCGGUUGCUGGUCCAGUUGUACCUACUAAAGAAGAUGGUGGAGUGGAUCAAGAUAGACUGGUUGCAAUGCUAGCUGAUUUAGGACAGAGAGGUGGCUUGUUGAGGCUAGUUGGAAAAUUUGCUUUGCUAUGGGGUGGUAUCCGUGGUGCAAUGAGUUUGACAGACAAGCUUAUCUCAUUCUUCCAUUUUUCUGAGCGUCCAUUGUUUCAGAGGAUCUUUGGGUUUGCUGGCAUGAUCCUUGUUUUAUGGUCUCCUGUUGUUAUUCCGUUGCUUCCUACACUUGUUCAGGGUUGGACAACAAACUCUCCUUCCAAAAUAGCCGAGGUUGCCUGCAUUAUUGGCCUGUACAUUGCUAUAAUGAUACUUGUUAUGAUAUGGGGGAAAAGAAUCCGUGGAUAUGAAAAUGCAUUUGAGCAGUAUGGUCUAGACUUAACUUCACAAAAGUUAAUUGAAUUUUCGAAGGGCUUGGUCGGUGGACUUAUGUUCAUUUUUUCCAUCCAUGCUGUGAAUGCAUUUCUUGGUUGUGCAAGUUUCGCUUGGCCUCAUAUUCCACCUUCUUUAGAUCCCAUCGCUUGGCUAAAAGUGUGUGGACAAAUGAGUCUGCUAAUUGUUCAAGGAACUGUAAUGGCAAGUGUUAUUUCGUUGGUGGAAGAAUUGCUUUUCAGGUCAUGGUUGCCCCAGGAAAUUGAAGUUGAUCUUGGAUAUCAUUAUGGAAUUCUAAUUUCAGGGCUGGCAUUUUCUUUCUUGCAGAGGUCGCCACAAUCAAUACCGGCACUUUUGCUUUUAUCUUUGUCUUUGUCAGGUGCACGACAAAGAAAUGGAGGUAGCCUCUCUAUCCCUAUUGGGCUACGUGCAGGGAUGUUGGCGUCCACUUUUAUCUUGCAAAAGGGUGGUUUUUUAACAUAUAAUUAUACAGGAAAUAUUCCUCUUUGGGUGAUUGGAUCUCAUCCAUUUCAACCAUUUAGUGGUUUAGUUGGUUUCGUAUUUUCUCUAUCAUUAGCACUCAUUCUCUACCCCAGACAGACUUUACCAAAAAUUGAAGCUAAGGAAUGAGUGAUGCAGCCCUGUUAUGUGCCAAAGUUGGAAGUAGUUGGUACACUGUUGGCCGUUUUGAUCACACACGGUACAAGCUUUUCUUGUAAUGUUAAUUGGGGAGUAAACAAUGGGAAAGACAGUAGUUGAGGCAUACAAAGAAUGAGGAAACUUUGGAAAAUUGCAGGCUUCAGUUCUCUCAAGUAUCAUGCAAAAUGCUCAUGUAGAGAGGUAGGCACCAUGGGUUUUAGAUUGAAGGUAAUACAAGGUCCUUUUUGUAGAUAGAAGGGUAUACAGGUUUAUAUAGAAUUGUAUAUUUAGUUUUUAUACUCCAUAUUAGUUUAUUAGCCAAUCAAAGUGUACAGUAGGAUUUCUGCAAGUUUCACCAUUUUUAGAGGCAUGUAUAGUGUACUGUUAUGUUGUAACAUAAAAUCACGAUUACUCCAAUAUUUUCCAAAGCAAUAAGAAUCCAUGUUACUUAUA